GUUGUUCUAACUUGUGUAUAGCUUCGAGUGGACAGACAGACAAACAUACAAUAAUAAGACAGACAAAUAGACAGACGAGUGGCCAAUUAGUAGAGACAAGUUUGUGUUUUGUCGGGUGUGCAAUAGAGGGAUGGAAUUGAAUGCUAGAGAUGAUGCAACAUACAGGGUCACGCGAUGUCACGUGCUAAAAUGUUACUGUACUCAUCUACCUGGUACUCAUCUGCAAUGGUAGGCGAGAUGUUGUUGGUUGUUGCUGCCCUUAAUGUUCUUUCAGCUGCUGCUCUUGAGGGCGUCAAUCCAGCUGUUGAUUGUGGUCUAAGACAUCUAGCGUUGCAAUAUGCAAGCAAAUUAUUGAACGGCAGUGCAGCGACGGCCGGAUUUCAUCAAUCAGUUUACAACGCACUUCGUCUGAAUCAGUGCGGAAUUGCUCCGCUUACCAGGAAAGCGUGCACAACACCUCAACCAAUUGCUGAGCAGGAUGGUGAUGAUGGUAUUGAAUACUACGUGUCUGUGCAAGAUGGAUCUGAUGACAAUCCAGGAUCAAAAUCAAAACCUUUUAAAUCUCUUGCUGCUGCACAGAAAGCCGUCAGAUCUCAUUCGCUUUCCAACAGACCAGCAAUAACAGUCUACCUUCGUGAAGGUUUGUAUUUUCAAUCCACAGAUUGGAUUCUCUCGUUUGAGGACAGCGGGCAAGGUCCAAGUGCUUCCGUUACAUACCAAGCUUACAAUAACGAGAAGGUGGUGAUCAGUGGAGGAACUCUUUUGAAUUUAAACUGGCAAGCAUCACAAACAAUGUGGCAUGCUUCUGUUCCUCAAGGAAUUAAAUUCAAUUCUUUGUUUGUCUAUAAAGAGCAGACGAAGAACAACACUCGCUUGAUUCGAGCUCGAUGGCCUAAUGGCAAUCCUCUUGUGCCAGGAGAGGGAUACUCAAGAGCAACAGGACAUUAUGGAGGAGAGCAUGCUACAGGGCAGCAGUUUCCAAUCAAUCUUCAGAUUUCUAGUUCCACUUCGAACAAGCUGAUAAGUUCUGGUAGCAUCAGACCACUAGAUAAGGCACAAAAUAUAUCCUUUCCAUAUCCUGCAGACGAAAGAGAAAGUUGGCAAGGUUUUCGUGCUUAUGAGAAUGGCACAAUAAAUCGAUUUAAUACAACCUAUAACUAUCCAUUUUGGAAUACCAAUGUUCCAAUGGGUAUGUAUUUUAAUGGAACUCAGGUCAAUAAAAGCUGGAAGCAUCCUGAGACAGGAAUCGUACACAUGUUUCAUUCAAAUUCUUGGGGCGGUUGGCAAUUUCAGAUUCAGAAUGUCACAAUAAAUAGCAGUAACAGUAUCAUGCACUUCAGUUAUGGAGGAUUUCAGGAAGCCAGAGGAUCGGGCUCUAUUGGUGGCCAGGCUUUCUAUGUUGACAACAUCCAAGAGGAGUUAGACACAGCUGGAGAAUGGUUUCUUGAUGAGACGACAAAUGUGUUAUAUUUAUGGCCAGACAACAAAACUAACCUCAAGAGUGGUGAUACAUACAUUAUUGCUGCUACAUCAGAGUCUGCUGUGUCUCUACGAGGAUCCAUGUCUCAACCAGUGCAUGACAUUACAUUUCGAGGUUUAACUUUUACUCACACUGCAACAACGUUUAUGGAAUCCUAUGAAGUUCCAUCGGGUGGUGACUGGUCGAUACACAGGGGAGCCACUGUAUUUAUUGAUGGUGCAGAGAGGAUUAAUAUUGAAGAGUGUACUUUUGACCAGGUUGGAGGAAAUGGAGUCUUCUUUUCCAAUUAUGUACGAAACAGUACAGUCAGUAGAUGUGAAUUUUUUGCAUGUGGUGACAGUGCUGUGGUGUCUACGGGUUCAACAGAUCUCAUGAAUGGGACAACAGGCACAUACCCUGCUUACAAUCUAAUAGAAAUGAAUCAUAUCCAUGAUAUUGGAGUGUUUGGCAAGCAAACAUCUGGAUAUUUCAAAGGAAUUGCACAUGCCAAUACCAUCAGACAAAAUGUUAUCUACAAUGGUCCAAGAGCUGGAAUUAACUUCAAUGAUGGCUUUGCAGGAGGAGAAACUUUAGAAGGUAAUCUCAUCUUUAACAUGGUAAGGGAGACUGGAGAUCAUGGAGCAUUUAAUAGCUGGGAUCGACAACCCUUCCUUUAUUCAUCUACCAAUGUAGACCAUGGAUCUAAUGUUCUUCAACUUAGUCCAGAAACACACCAUUUGAGGGGCAACUUUAUUUUCAAUAGAAAUUUUGUGGGGUCAUCUCAUGGAUUAUAUUGUAUUGAUCAUGAUGAUGGCAGUUCACAAUACAAUGACAGUGGAAAUGUACUGGUAUACGGUGGCAUCAAAUACAGAGACGGUGUUAACAGAACAGCUACUGGAAAUCUUGUCGUGUACAGCGUUGGUGCUGCAUUCCAGAUAAAUGGUUUCAAGACUGACGUCUUUUCUAACAAUACAGUUAUUCUGAAUGGAAAUGCAUAUACAUGUGUUGGUCAGGCUGUUCCUGGAGUGACUACAGCAAACAACAGGUUCUAUGCACCUAAUGACACCUCACUUGCUUUCAAUACAGCAGGAUGUAACAUGCGUGGGAAUACAUUACAAGAAUGGCAGGAUUUCUGUAAAUGUGAUAAAGACUCAACAAUUAUGAGUAAUAUAACAGUGCAAGAAAUACUCAGUAUGGCAACUCACGUACUGGGUAUGUGAACAAAUAUAAUAAGCUCUGAUUGGUAUUACCUUCAGGACAUGUUGAUGUACGACAUUUAGUCUGCUGUUUUAGUUGAUGUUGUUGGACAAGCAUUAAUUGUAGCAUGAUUAUUGACAUUUUAGCGUGAGCAGAUUAAUGGCUCAAAGUGCAUAGCCAGGUCAAUCUACUGCACUCUUAGGGUUGUUCUUGAC